AAUAAUACCGCACAGACCGGAAGUGUAACAGCAACAAGAAAUUGAGAAAAUGUAGCGAAGAAUUGCACUGUGGAUUUGAUAUUAAACACAUUUGUUUGACAGUUUAAAAGAUUUUAAUUUUGAAUACUUGAAAUAAUUCAUAAAAUGCUAAAUUUUACAUUGGAUUCAGUAGACUAUGCAAAUUUUAAUUUAUAGGAAGUGAUCCAGUAAAUAGACAUGAUGAGUGAGAAAAAUGAUGUUUUUUUAUUUAUUUGUUGUUGUUUUUUUUUUGUCAGUAAGGUAUGAAAUUAAUAAACUUGGUUACCACAAUGAGUAUGCACCAGUGAUGGAUUUACUUUGAGAUGGCAAGUUCCAAGAAAUCCUUGAUGGAUAAAUUUACCAUGGAGUCAAAGCAGAAAUCUCCAGGGAAGAAAUCCAAGAAAGGGUCAAAAGUAUCAAAGUCUCUGUCAAGAGAAUUGACCGGAUCUUCGUCGCCAGUGUCUGGGAAGAAAAAAGCUCAGAAGUCGUCGAGUGAUUCUCUUGUUGCUUCUAGGAGUAAGGAUGGAAAUGCCAGGGAUAAAUGUGAUACAGAUUCAUCAUUGGAACGUCCUGCUGACAGUAAAAGGGAUAAAAGCCCAGGAGCAGCAGUGUCUAAUGAUAAAGUAGUGGUUCAUGAGCCUAUGGAUAUAGAUUCAGAAAAGCACGUACAUAUUGAAAAGUUGGACACCUCCUUGGAAGCUAAGUGGACCAAGCCAGAUGAUGAUGAUUCUGUUUUCUUUCUAAAACCAGAGUCCUCAAAAGCAAGCUCUCAAGUUAAUCAGGCUCCUGCACCUAGCACAUUAGCACUUAAAAGUUCCUCUUCUGAAUCUCAAACAAUCAAAGCAAUAACAUCUAACUCAAAAAUAAGUGGAGCAACUUCAACAAGCUCACCAUCAAAUAGGAGAAAAUAUUCCACACCAGCUGUUGAAGCUUUGAAGAAAUCACUACCGUCUGUGUCAUCCAAUUACAGUACAGACUCAUUAGCAAGUGAAAUGGAGUCUUACAAACUUGGAACAUCCAGAAGCUCUAGUUCAAGUGACAUUGAUACUCUCAGACACUCAGACAAUAACAGCUGCGAAGAAAUAAACAUUGGUGAAUGUAGCUCCACUAGUACCCCCAUAAAAUUUAGUUUGUUUGAUGAGCAAAAGGAACCUCCAACAACAGUGAUAAGAAAGCAUCCUCCUAAAUUCAGCCUCAUCCGUGAAGCAGCUGCAGAAGAUUUUGACAGCCUGUCGUUGUCAUCUGAUUACUCUCCAACAGCUACCACAACCAGCUUGAAAAGUUUUGAUGGAAGAAAUCGCAUUGAUGACUUUAGUGAUGAGAGUGAUUCUUCUCGGAUGAAGGAGAGCUCUGAAUUUAGUGAUGACCCAGACUUCCAUAGUCAUGCACAUUUUGUACCAUUGAAUAAGCAGCUUCAAAUUGUUACAUCCAUGGAUAGACUUAUGGACAGCAGAAGUCCUAGAAGAAGAUCACACUCGCCACCAAAGUCUAAUGAUCAGGGUCUCCAUCACCACUUACCUGCUAGAUUACAGUUUGUAGACUUCAUGAGAUCCAAUGGCCUCUCAACAUACCUUUACUACCUGCCAGCAGAUAUGACCUUGGAAAAGUUCCGAUUGUUGACUAGACAAGAUUUGGUAGAUCAAUACAACAUUGUUGACCCAUGUGUUCUUGAGAGACUUCAGAAAGCUAUAAGGAGAGCAAGGGAAGUGGACACUGAUGAAGAGUCUGACCUUGGAUCAGCAGGUUCCGCACCACUGUCGCCGGUUAGUUUUCGACGAAGUCAAGAAGAAUUCACCAGCCCGUUACACUUACAUGGCGGCAUCAGACGACUCCAGAGGACUCUGUCGGAGGAUAACAAGCGGCGGCGUGACAGCAUGCCAACGACACCUCUUGGAGCUCCACCUGCCCUGGGAUCUAUGGGUACCCCAACACCUAGUCCACUAGGACAUACUGUUGGAGCUCUUAUAGAACCAACCAAUCUGAUGAAGAUGAGGAAUACAAUUCUAGGACAAUCUGCUCCAUCCCUAACGGGGCUUCCUUUUGUCCCAACAGCUAAAGAGCUCAGCUUCAGCAGAAGAUCCAGCAAUAGUCGUCAUCGGAAAUCUGUCGUUGGUCCAAACAAGUCGCCAGUGUUACAAGCUCGAUGUCCCUCUCCUCAGAUAGGUAGUAGUCCCCAUGAUAGUCCCAGGAACUUGUCACCAAGUACGCAUGGCAACUUUGCCUUCCAGAAUGUACGCAGGGGUGAUGGCAGAAGAUGGUCCCUGGCCUCCCUACCCUCCUCUGGUUAUGGAACCAACACACCUGGUGGAUCUAGUCUUUCAUCACAAUAUUCAUCACAAGAACGUCUCCAUCAGUUACCGAGCCAGCCAACACAGGAGGAUAUCGGAAAACUGUACAAGCAUUUUGCAACCAAUGACGGCCAUUCUAGUCUGGAAGAUGAUGGCCGGCAAUCCCCACUGUCCCCUUUCAUGAGACCAAGAUCCCGCAGUCUCAGUAGUCCAGGCCGGUCCCCAGGUGGUGAUUCAGAAAUUAUUCUUAUGAACAGUGUGUACAAGGACAGAUUUCCUAAGGCUACAGCCCAAAUGGAAGAACGUCUUCAACAAUUUCUAGACCACUGCCGACUGAUUCACAAUGAGAGUGAGAUAGAUGCCAUCUCAAGCUUUCUCCUGCAUCAAGUCAUGGAACUGGCGAAAGACUGCCUUGAGAAAUCCCAUGAUAAGCUCAUCACCAGUGCUUACUUCUACGAGCUCUCUGACAGUCUUGAAAAACUGCUCAAGGAUGCAUCAGAGAGGUCAGCAGAGACCUUCAUGUAUCCACUCAUCAAGAAAAUGCUCCUGAUCAUCUCUAGACCUUCACGAUUACUCGAAUGUUUGGAGUUUGAUCCUGAGGAGUUUUACCAGUUACUGGAGGCUGCUGAGGGGAAGGCAAAGCAAUCGAUAAAAGACAUCCCUAGAUAUAUCAUUAGUAAACUGGGACUGAACAGGGACCCUUUAGAAGAGCUGGAACUUGAGAAUCGGGAGAGUGCAGCAAUUGAUGAAAGUUUGAAGGAUACAUCUCUUGUGCUAUCUGAUGUUGAAGAAAGCAUCGAUGGAGCACGUAAAAAAGAUCCGACUCCCUGUGAAGAAGAUUUUGAAACAAUCAAGCUGAUCAGUAAUGGAGCUUAUGCUGCUGUGUAUUUGGUUAGACACAAGGAGACUAAGCAAAGAUUUGCCAUGAAAAAGAUCUGCAAACAGAACUUGAUAUUACGCAAUCAAACCGAACAAGUGUUCACUGAACGAGACGUUUUAACGUUUGCUGAUAAUCCAUUCGUUGUUAGCAUGUGGUGUAGUUUUGAAACAAAGCGCCACCUAUGUAUGGUGAUGGAGUACGUAGAAGGUGGCGAUUGUGCAACUCUUUUGAAAGUAUCUGGACCACUGCCAUUUGACCUUGCGAGAUUAUAUUUUGCCGAGACUGUGUUAGCUUUAGAGUAUCUCCACAGUUACGGUAUUGUUCAUAGAGAUUUGAAGCCAGACAAUUUGUUAAUUACCGCUACUGGGCAUAUUAAGCUGACAGACUUUGGUCUGUCUAAGAUUGGACUAAUGAGUUUAACAACAAAUUUGUAUGAAGGAACUCUGGAUAAGGAUAGUAAACAGUUCAAGGACAAACAAGUUCAGGGUACACCAGAAUAUGUGGCCCCUGAAGUGAUCCUUCGCAAAGGAUAUGGUAAGCCGGUGGACUGGUGGUCAAUGGGGAUCAUACUGUAUGAGUUCCUGGUUGGUUGUCCACCAUUCUUUGGUGUUUCUCCAGAGGAACUUUUCUCUCAAGUUAUAAAUGAGGAGAUAGAGUGGCCUCAGGAAGAGGAGUGGCAGGUUCGAGAUGAUGCCAAAGAUCUCAUUACCCAACUUCUUCAGCAUAAUCCAGUGAAUCGGCUUGGAGCAGGCGGGGCACAGGAGGUCAAAGAUCACAUUUACUUUGAUGGAUUGGAUUGGGAGGGGCUUCUGAGACAAAAGGCGGAGUUUGUGCCAGAUUUGGAGAAUGAGGAGGACACUUCCUAUUUUGAUACUCGUGCAGACAGAUAUAAUCAUGAAUUGGAGACAGAAGACACGGAUAUUGACGACUCGGAGGAUCAGUUGUUCCACAGCUUCUCCUCUAUGUCUCCACGAUUCAGUAAAGUCUACUCUAGAAUUGAGGAGUUGCAUGAGGACUAUGGAACAGAUCUGCGUGAUCGUCGACGACAUUCAAGUGCCGAUGAAAUGCGAACAAGACUGCUUGAAAAGCAGGCCCUGGAACGAAAAGAUUCCAAUCAGUCUACUAGCUCAGAAAACUCGAUAGAGUUACAGUCUUAUCUUAGCCACCCGUCCAGCGAUCGUCACCGUGCCUUGUCGGACAACACGUAUCCCAAGCCUGAUCAGAAACCUGACCUGACUAAUCUAAGCAAGGGUGAAGAAGAGCCAGAUGUAUUCAGUAGUGCUGAAAGUACUCCACGGUCCAGUAUAAGUGUUCAGGGAAUGUCAAUGUCAACCUCUGACUCCUCGCAGAAUGAGAGUGAUUCAUCACCUGUAGUAACAAAGAAAACUGUUCGCUCAUCAAUUAACAUACCACAUCCAACUAUACCUAGAGUAGCCGUCGUGUCCUCGGAUGAUGAUAAACCCUCUGCCUGUGAGCUUUCCCCUGUAGAUGAGAUGCGUGAAAAGAAAACAGAGAUGAAGAUCAUGCAGAAAUCUGUGUCGGCAAAUGCACUAACACUUCUCAUUCAAGCUCCUGAAGAAUUCCACAAUCAACCAAUGGAGUCGCCGGGUUCAAGCACAAGUUCUCGAGAUGGUUCCCCAUCCAGGGAGAUGUCACCUCUAGCUAAGAGCUUGAAACCACCAAUAGUCAUCAAGAAGGGACCGAGAGGGUAUGGGUUUACCUUGAAGGCAAUCCGAGUUUAUCUCGGCAAUUCAAAUACUUACGCACUCCAGCAUAUUGUUGUUGCUGUUGAAGACAAUAGUCCAUCAUUUGAGGCGGGGCUUAGGCCAGGUGAUCUGAUCACACAUGUUAAUGAGGAGCCUAUCCAUAGUCUGCUACACACACAGGUUGUACAGCUCAUUCUGAAAGGGAAAGGAGAACUACGUAUCCGUUCCAUGCCAUUAGAGAGCUCAACUAUCCAGACAGGUGCUAAAAAGAAGGGAACAAAUCCCGGUAAGAUGGCUCGGCGAUCAAAGAAGAAGACUGGGAAAAGUGGAGAAAAGAAGAAAAGUAGGUCACUGUUCAGACGGUUAAGCACAAAACGAGCGGAACAACAGGGUCAUGUAGCAGGUCAGCUGGGACAUAGUUCUCCACUGACUCCUAGCAGUACGUACAGAAGCAGUCCAUUCAGUAAAUCUUGGUCUUUUGGUGAUACGUCUGCUGUAACAUUUAAAACGGGAGUCCAGUCAUCGCCAUUAUCUUUGACGUGGUCUCCCGAAUCAUGUCAGACUUCAUCAACUAGUAGUUCACCGAGUUCUAGUUCACCGAACUCUCCGGCAAAUCAGUCCCACUCACCUAGUAGUUACGGGCGACCAAGUUCUCUCUCUGGAUUAAAACAUAAGCGAACGCAGAGCUUGAAAUCUCCAUGCAGAAGAAAAUCUGUUCAUAACAUUCCAUUGUCCCCGCUGGCAAGGACGCCUUCACCAUCACCAAUGCCAGUGUCUCCCACACGAUCCCCUAGCCCUCUGGCUUUCACUCAGGGGCACCAAGUGGGAGCCUCAAGUCAGUCCCAGAAAACAAUACCUGCACAUUUAAACACAAAUCCAAGUCAAGCGAUUGUAAAAAGACAUUCUUUUUCGAAACACAAGCCGGACCAGAGUUCCCCAUUGUUAAGACGAGCACUAUCACCGGACAGACUUCAUCCAAACUCCGCGGAGAAAGUUCAACAAAGGAAAUCUUCUCUGCAAGAACACAAAAGUAAAUCGCUAGAUCCACCGUAGCAAGCUUUCUGUUACGUAGUUAAUUGUGAACAGUUGUACAUAGUUUAUUAUUUAAUUAAGAUAUUACUGCUCAACACACAGUGGCAUUUAUUAUAAGUAAAGCUUCUCAUUGUUUGAAUCAGUUUUCUGUAAAUUUCUGUAAGUUAGCCUGAAAAAUGUUCCCCGCUGAUGGUAGUUAGAGAAUAUUUUGUUUAGACAUAUUUGAAACCUUUCACUGUUUUAUGUUUCUCUACAUGUAAUAAGGACCAGAAUGAAGCUAUUCAUGUAUGUAAAUUGUUACAGCUUGGGUAUACUUCUCAUCAACUGAUAUUUUCUUAAAGAGAAAGAUGCAUUUUUAAGAUUUUAAAAUAUUGAAAUACAUGGUCUACCAUCCAAAAAUGUAGAAAAUGUAUGUAUAGCCAGGUGGUUUCUUCUUAACAUUAAUAUAAAAGUCAGAGUAAGAAUAUAGGUGAAAGAUGGGAAACAAUCAAUCGUAUAUGUUAUAUAAUAUACUUGUAAGGCAAGAUUUUGUUAUGUUAGCCAGUGGUACACACCUUGUAAUAGUUAAUGCAGAGUCACUUUUUGUGAAUUAUGGACCAACUGAGCAACUUAUAACUACAUGUAGCUCUAUAAGAUGGCUUCUAAUUUGCAUACACUUAUAUUAAUGAACUAAUUUGCAUAUGCAUAUAUUAAUGAGCUAAUUUGCAUAUACUUACGAUUUCAUUUGCAUAUUCAUAUGCAGCCUCUCGACUUUAAAAAUGGCAUGUAGUUAAUAUCCUUUUCGUUAUUUUACUACGCUUAAAGUUAUACCAUAUUAUAUAAAUAAACAAGGAGUAAAUGUUAUUUAUUUAUACAUUGUGUAUGUAGGUAAGAGAAAAUGUACAUUAUUUUUUUUUCCUUGAGUAAAUGUAUAGAUGGGUUAUUAUCAUGAAGAAAUUUUUGGUUUCUAAAGGUACAAAAGAUUUUUAAUUUUACUUGUACAGUUUGUUCAAUUUUAUGUUGUUUAUAUAUUUGGAAUUGCUUUGUUCAGUACAUUUUGUAUGUGUAAGAUUUGAACAACUGUUAACUGAUGGAAUUGUACAUAGUGUUCCUCAUGAUCUCAUUCUGUGCAUUAAUUUAUGUUAUAAGGAUAAUCCAGAUCCUCGAAAUACAGUAGCGCCCCCUACAUCUGUGGUUUUCUGUAAAAACUCUGUACCACAGCUGAAAGCUAUUGUUUUUCAGUUGGUGAGCUCUUCUCAAUUACGGGAAGUAGUUCAAUUUUUUACAACAACUUUCUAUUUGGACUGAAAAUUAACUUGCCAUAAAGAGAAUAAAGAGAAUUGAGUUUAGUGUGAAAAUAAUUUUUUUAAGUAACUCGUGUUACUUGUUACAAAAUGAAUUUAUUAAUUUGUUUUAUUGCUAACUGAUUGUAAGUGGUUUCAGACAAGUUCCAGCUAAUUAAAAGAAUAAUUCUUAAACAAUACACUACCAGCCCUUCAAAAGUAUACAUGUUGUCAUUAUUUUACAUAUAAUUAUCUCCCUUUAUGUACAUUUAUCUUAAAAAAUAUGAGAAAUAUUUCUGUAAUGCUAAUGUAUAUAAUUGUAUAAAGUUGUCCAUGUAUAGCAAAAUUUUCUUUUUGUAUAUAAGGCUGAUUAAUUAAGAAAGAACGAGCUUUCAUAGAAUUGUUCAUAAUGCUCCUAAAACACAAACAGUCUCAUGUUUUGUAAUCCAUACUUGAGGUGUGCUGGAAAAAAGGUGUAUCUGCAGGUGUCUUAUUGUCCAUAGAUUGCAGACUGAUAUUGAUUUCUGAUAUAUGCACAAAGCUAUUGUUGAUGACCGGUACUUUUCAUUGUUUUACAUUGUGUGUUGAUACGUCCUAUUUUUUUCACAAAUACUUAGUCUGCAAUGUGAGUAAUUUAUGGCAAGACACUGUGGGCAGAUUCCUUGUUCCUAGAAAAAGAAACUAUUCAUAGCAUCAAAACUUCUUUUUAAACUUUAUUAACAAAAAGAUAUUUUGAAUUUCAACAAUGUUUUGAAUAGUUUAAAACUUACAAGCGGAACUGUUAGAGUUGGCGGUGUUAAAAUGAUCAAACUCACCGACUUUUCAUCACUUUUGGUUUCAGCUUGUUGGAGAAUUCAAAUGUUUACAUACAAAGAGAUGAUACAACUUGCUACAAAGGACCUCAUUUGUGCCCAAAAUUAUUUCUGUGUAAUAUUUGUGGUUGAAUAGGCUGGUCUACAGCAGUUGGAAAACUUCAAUAAUGCUAAGUUGUAAUUUCAAAAUUAAAAAAAGCAACAUACUUUUACUCAAACGAUACCCCUUUUUUCCAGCAUUUCUCGGGUGACACGUUUCUUCAUAUUGUACAUACUGCUCGUGAAGCGUGUGCUUCGUGUUCAUGAUGCACAAGCUGCCCGUGCAUUUAUAUAUAUAUGUCUGUGAUACUUCAGCAGUAACUGUGUUCAUUAUUUUAUGUUAAAAAACGUCUGGUCUUUUGUCUUCUACACUCUCGUAUUCUUGACUUUACUUUUCUGAUGGGUUUAUUUAGAAAAGUUCCUUUGGGUUUAUUAAGCACUCUUUAUUAUACAGGCCGUUUUAUUAAUAAGUGAUUGGUCUGGAGUUAAUUGUUAAAAGUUGGCUGUAUUAGUAUCAGUACAUGAAUUUUGAAAUUGUAUUUCCAUUUAACCAAUUUGGAAUUACAAAACUUAAUCUAAAUUCUUAAUUCUAAUGUCUCAAAGUGUAAGGUUUUAGUAGAGAAAGAAUUCUUUUUAGUUUCUCUUCUUUCAGUCAAGGCUCACUAUGUACAGUUAAUACUUUUUUGAGUAAAUAAACAAGACUUUUAAAAAAAACCUGCUUGAUCAAGAAGUUAACUAUUAAAAUCGAAAGUACUAAAUAUAAACUUAAAAUGUGAGUGGAUGUAAACUUCGGAAAUAGAUUUUAGUUUGACGUGCUUUGUUGGCAAAUAAAUCACAGUUUUGAGUUCUGAUGCGUUGUAAUCUAAUCACUAAUUACGACGCAUCUGAAUGAAAAAUCAUGUUUUAUUUGCCAACAAAGCUCGCAAAACUAAAAUCUGUUUCCAUUUUUACGCGUCCAGAAAGGGAUACUAAUCUGCAUUAAAUGCGGUUAUAAAAAAAGAGGGAAUAAACUGGAGUAGCCAAAAGUAGGUCAUUUUGCAAAACGCGUUCUAAUCGACAAGACAAUACAUGGUAAAAUCCUUUGUUUAUAUAAAAGAAAAUCUUAAAAAGGUUAGAAUUAGAUUUUAAAGAUUCAUUUGGUAUGCACAUUUUAUCAUUUAUUAUACAAAUGCUGCGGUGUGAAAAUCAACAUUAGGGCCAUGCUACCAGCAAGAAUCCAGAUCAAUGCACAUUCAUACUGUUUAUUUAUCAAAUCCAGCAUAUGUAUGCAACUGAUAAUGGAUCCAUAUCAGUCUUCAUGGCACACGUUUAUUUUAAUUCAAAUUCGGCUUGACUGGAAUUGGUUGUUCUUACAUUAUUUGCUUCUGGAAAGCAGAAAAUGAAAAAUAUUUAAAGAGAACUCCAGACAUCAAAUAGAAAGUAUUUGCAGCUGGUAUAUUGAGUAACAAGCCUGUCGAAAACUUGAAACGGACAUUUACACCCUUAUUGAAAUGGUGAUGCAUAUGGGAUCUUCCCUUUCCAACCCACCCUACCUUUCUCAAAAAUCAAACAAACACGAAUAAAAACUAAUUCAGAAUCUUCUUGAGUUUGUCCAGAGUCUUGUAAGUUUACACAAAACAUUAAUUGAGCCGUGCAAUGGGAAAACCAACAUAGUGGGUAUGCGACCAGCAAGGAUCCAGACCAGCCUGCGCAUCCGCGCAGUCUGGUCAGGAUCCAUGCUGUUCGCUAACAGUUUCUCCAAUUCCAAUAGGCUUUAAACGCGAACAGCAUGGAGCCUGACCAGACUGCGCGGAUGCGCAGGCUGGUCUGGAUCCAUGCUGGUCGCACACCCACUAUGUUGGUUUUCUCAUGGCACGGCUCAAUUCAUUGGAGGACUAGCCACCUAGUCAGGCUGAGGUAUCAAGAUAGUAACUUGAACUCGUGUCCUGGGAUAAAAUUUUUCAUGCUUUUGUUGUAAAGCUGGUGCUCAGUAUAGAAUAUUAUAUCAUCACAUAGUUGUUUUUUUCAGUGCACAUGGAAUAUUGAUAUAUCACAUACUUGUUUUUUAUAGUGCACAUUGAAUAGUGGUAUAUAUUAGCUACAUAAGAAGUGCUUAAAGUAAUCUAUGUAUCUCAGGUCUAGGCUUUGUUGUAUCUCUCAUACUGUUGUUUUAUACUUUUGUUACAGUUUACCACUUUGUGUAUAGUUUCGAAUUCUAGAAGUUGAGUAUAGUUUGAAAUCUUUUAUCAUUGAAUAUAAUACUGAAUAGUUUGAAUGUUAAGAACUUAUUCUGUGCUAACCAGGUGUGCUAUAUUUCAUUUAUUGCAUGGAUAGUUUGGUAACUUAUACAGAAGUUAUGAAUUACACAACCUUGCACAGGGGCAUCCAUAGUGUAUAAAUCAGCAUUUAUAGUGUUCGUAGAAAGUAGUUUGUCUACUUUGGAAAAUAGUUUUAAAAAGAGUUCAGACCCUGUUCACAUGAAAUUGUACAGAUUUUGUCAGAUAUUUUUCAUCUGUUUAAUUCUUGCUUAAUGAUCACUUGUCCCCAGUUGGUAUGGGUUUAGAGGCCCUGCCAGGGAUGUAAAAUUAUUUCAAGCAAGGAAACGUCCGGCCGAGUAUUCAGAGGUCCACGGUUCUAACCACAUGCCUGCCAGAACAUGAAACAAUAUCCAGAGGGACAAAGGGAGUCUUUCUCCAUUCAUAAAGCUGGAAAGUCACCACAUGAUCUUAAUUUUUUUAAAGUGUAGUAAAACCAAACAAAAUAAAUUAUGAAAUCUGAAGGCAAGAUAUUUAUAGCGAUUGCCGGUAUAUUUGCAUUUUAAAAAUGAAGUUUCAGAAAUUGUUCUUUAUGGUAUGAUGUGAACGGGUUCUGAACUCCUGCAAUUGGUUCAAGCCUCAGCGCAGUCAGUUGUUGGAAAUGUGUUCUGUAGAAAGGAGGAUAGUUCUGUCCCGGUGUCUAAAUGUAUCUAAUGUGAAAAUGUUGCAACAUGGCAUAUGAUGUUGGUUUGACUGAAUAAUAAGUUAAACAGGUAGAACAAAACUUACAAUAUGUAACUUAUUUGUAAUGAAAUAAAACUUUGGAAUACAAAAGUAUGACAUGUGGGAUUACUGUUCAUCCUGAUCACUGCCAGUCUUCAGGUGUAUGGCUUAUUAGACUAGAUGCUGUGAUUUAGGUCAGUCACAAUUUAGUAGACAUGAAAUCCACAUCAGACCUCCCAGCGUAAUGAAUGCUUGUGUUGAAAUUCAAAACGAAUACAGAAACUAUGCUAGCAAAUACUUGAAAAUUUACUCUCUUUGGUUUAGGCUUUCAAACUUCAAUGUUUAUUGAUUUUAAAUGUAUUGCAUGAAAUGUUGCCAUCCUAGAAAGGUCUGUAUCAAGUUACUGUGCUGUAAAUCUAGAUGGAAGUGGAGGAAAAUACUGCCAUAAAAUCUCCCUUUAGUUUAUAGAAUUAGAGAGUAUGACUGUGUAUAGCCUCUAUUCCUACCGGUGUUAUACACCAGUAUAGUUGUACAAAUGUAUAUUGUUAGUUGUAUAGUAGUCUCUUUAUGGAGUCAUGUAUAUUGUUUAUUACUGUGCUGUGAAAUUUAUUCUCUCUCUCUCUCUCUCCUGAAAGCUUAAUGUGAUUAUAUUUCUAGUUCCGUUGUUUUGACUUCAAUUUCAAAAAUUACAUUAUUAUUGAAAUAAAAUUGUCAGCUGGCCUGUAGGCUGGUGACAUAAAAUUUUUAA